AGCUUGUUUUAUAACGGUAAAAACGUAAUAGACAUAUAUAGCUGAAGUUUAGCAGUCAGAAGGAAGGGAAACUUGUGCUUGCCUACUUGUUUUCUUGGGACCAUGAUUGGUAAUUCUUGUUAGUAUUCAUCUAACUGUUGCAUUGAAAACAUUGAUGCUUUAAGGUCUUCUAUAUUUUAUUCUCUACUUUCUUUGAAAAAGAACCAGUGCUACUAGCGCUGGUAACAGCGUGACAUCCUUGAAAUCGACAAUCCUUUGACGUGAUUCUAUAAAAAUGUUUUGGCAGUGGUUCCAUAUUUUUUUUUUAUCCUGCAUAAUAUUAAAUGUUACUGCAGAAUCAUAUUACAGCAUAAUAGCUCCAAAGGUAAUACGAGCUGAUUCUGAAUAUCAUGUAGCUGUAAGUACUACUGGUGUAUCAACACCAUCAACAAUAUAUAUUGAACUGAAUGGAUUACUUGAUAAUGGAGAAAUAUUCAAUGUAUCUCAAGUUAUACGUGUACAACCAUAUAUGACAAGAAUUUUACAAUUUGAGAUUGGUGAUAUUAUUCCUGGCAAAUAUCAAUUAAUUGCACGUGGUUUGUCAGGAAUAGAAUUUUCAAAUUCUAAAUCAAUAGAUUAUGUUCUCAAAAGUUAUUCAGUUUUUAUUCAAACUGAUAGAGCAAUUUAUAAACCAGGAAAUAAAGUUAUGUUUCGCUGUAUUUUAUUGAAUUCUAGACUUAGACCUACACUUGAAAGAUUAGUAGAUAUUUAUAUUACAGAUGGAAAAGGAAAUAGAAUUAAACAGUGGAUUCGCCCACCUGUAACUCAUGGAAUUUUCAAUGGAGAAAUUGAACUAUCUGAAUUUCCAGUUUUAGGUACUUGGAAAAUUACAGCUAAUGUUGGAGAUCAAACAUUUGAAAAAGAUUUUGAAGUUGCUGAAUAUGUAUUACCUAAUUUUGAAGUAACAAUUGAUGCUUCUAAACAUUUUACAUUUAAAGAAUCAAAAAUUACUGCAACAAUUUAUGCCAAGUAAGUGGAUUCUAAUAAAUAAAUAAUUUAUAAUUUAAU